CUUUUGGCGCGAAAGGCUUGGCGCCUCCCCUGAUUUUUAUGGAAAUCAAGAGGGCGGGGUAAAGCCCCUUCCCUCGGCCCGUCUCCCUCCCUUCCCCCGCCUGUGCCGCAGCCCCUUCUCUCUCCGCCCUCCGGGUGUGUCAGAUUUUUCAGUUAAUAAUAUCCCCCGAGCUUCAAAGCGCAGCAGUGACAGUCAUCUGUCUGGACGCGCCGGGUGGAUGCGGGGGGCUCCUGGGAACGGGGCUGGAGCCGAGCUAGCGCUAGGCAGGCGCAAGCGCGCACACACAAGCCACCCCAGGGCCCCCCGUCCCCGGCCACCCGGGGACCCCCGGGUGAAGGGGCCACCCCUGCCUCCCCCAGCAGCUGGCGAUGACGAAGACGACGAAGAGGAAGACGAAGAGGAGGAAAUCGACGUGGUGACCGUGGAGAAGCGGCGGUCCUCCGCCAGCAGCAAGGCCGUCACCACCUUCACCAUCACCGUGCGCCCCAAGAGCGCGGCCCUGGGCCCGGGGAGAGCCCAGCCGGGGGACCUGAUCCUCAAACGCUGCGUCCCCAUCCACCAGCCGCACAACUACGCCGCGCCCCCGCCCUUCGUGGAGAGCGAGGAGGCGCCGCCCCAGAAGAAGAUUAAGAGCGAAGUGUCCCCCCGGCCCCUCAAGAGCGUCAUCCCCCCGAAGGCCAAGAGCCUGAGCCCCCGCAACUCCGACUCGGAGGACAGCGAGCGCCGCCGGAACCACAACAUCUUGGAGCGCCAGCGCCGCAACGACCUGCGCUCCAGCUUCCUCACGCUCAGGGACCACGUGCCGGAGCUGGUGAAGAACGAGAAGGCCGCCAAGGUGGUCAUUUUGAAAAAGGCCACCGAGUACGUCCACUCCCUGCAGGCCGAGGAGCACCAGCUGCUGCUGGAGAAGGAGAAGCUGCAGGCCCGGCAGCAGCAGCUGCUCAAGAAGCUAGAACUCGCGCGGACUUGCUAAACGGUUCUCCAAACUGGACAGCCACUGCCACUUUGCACAUUUUGAUUUUUGUUUUUGUUUUUUUUGUUUUUUUACAUUGUGUUGACAUUAAGAAUGUUGGUUUACUUUCAAAUCGGUCCCCUCCCCCCACCCUGUCGAGUUUGGAUCUGGGUGGGGAGCAGGACAUGUGGGGUUAGUUCUGCCAGGACCUCGGGAGAGAGGGCCUGGGUGAUGGGAUGCUGUGUGGCCCUUGACGUUUCCUCCGAGUCACCUCCGGGACAGCCGUGGGAGUGCGUGACAGUGGGGAGCCUCUCGGGCUGUGGAAGUCACCUUGUUGCAAGUCUCCAAACAUCAGAAUGUCAUUCCUUUUAAAAUGGUGCUUACGUUCCAGCCGAUGCCACGGGAGGGGUUUGCCAUUGAGACCCCCAGGACACUUCUGUAAAUACCACUGACACACCCGCCUUUUGUAUGCGUCCGGGUAAUGAGAGGUGGCUUUUGUGGCCAGUAUUAGACUGGAAGUUCAUACCUAAGUACUGUAAUACCUCAAUGUUUGAGGAGCAUGUUUUGUAUACAAAUAUAUUGUUAAUCUCUGUUAUGUACUGUACUAAUUCUUACACUGCCUGUAUACUUUAGUAUGAUGCUGAUACAUAACUAAAUUUGAUACUUAUAUUUUCGUAUGAAAAUGAGUUGUGAAAGUUUUGAGUAGAUAUUACUUUAUCACUUUUUGAACUAAGAAAACUUUUGUAAAGAAAUUUACUAUAUAUAUAUGCCUUUUUCCUAGCCUGUUUCUUCCUGUUAAUGUAUUUGUUCAUGUUUGGUGCAUAGAACUGGGUAAAUGCAAAGUUCUGUGUUUAAUUUCUUUCAAAAUGUAUAUAUUUAGUGCUGCAUCUUAUAGCACU